GUACUACAGCCUCCACAGGCUCCUCUGUUCACGCCGUAACAGGUCAAUCCCAAUCGACAACACACAGCCCUGAAGUCAAGAACCACACCUCAGAGCCUUCAGUAAAAUCAGCAACACCAACCGACCUGAAUCUCACCUCUGUGGCUCAAACUACUACAGCCACAUCCUUUUCCCUCGCCACGACACUGCUGGCAUCGACUGCACAGGAUGAAAAGUCUACUGGAAGCAGAAGCACAGCAACUUCACCGCCUCGAGGUCAAGAGCCAGAGAGAAGUGAGAGUACCACAACAGCAGCAACUCAAGGCACCUCAGAGCCAGUCACCCUGACACCAAUGUCCUCUGGCUACUUGCCUGUGCCCACUCCGACAGACGAUAAGUCACCACUGACGGUGGCAGCUUUUGGUGUCAUCAGCUUCAUAGUUAUCCUCAUAGUGGUUGUGAUCAUUCUGGUCAGCGUGGUCAGCCUGAGGUUCAAGUGCAACCGCUCAAAGGACUCAGAAGACAAACAGAAGCCAGGGGCCUCCAUGGUGUCAGAGAGCUGCUCAGCCGGCACAAGCCAGAAGGAGAACAGCAUCACCCUGAUCUCCAUGAAGAACAUCAACAUGAACAACAGCAGGAGUUACCCAUCGUCAGAAAAGGUUCCCCUUUAA